AGCAGGUGAAAAGUCUUUUCUGGAGAAACGGCGUCCCUUUCUCCCACCAAAGCAUGGAGCAGGCCUGGAGGUCCAUUGCCGCCUUUUGGAUCCUGGUGUUUUGGGCUUCUGGAUCACUUCAGGAGGGACCUAGGAAUCUCGGUGCACACUUCCACAGCAAAGUUGCACGCCUGUUGACGGAAGAGCUCUUGAACCCCAAGUGCUUCACACAGCAGCUGGAAGAUCUGGCCUGUUUCUGGGAAACAUCAGAUCUUCUGAAGGAAUCAAAGAACCAGAGCAUGUACAGUUUUUGCUACAAGUUUGAGGAAGACACCGUCCUGAAGUCCUGUAAUUUGACUGUGGAGAACACAUCCAGGAAUACAACACUCUACACCUGCUUCUUUCAAAGGCAGGAUAUCUCAGCUUUCAGCCCCCUGGAGAUCAAAGUCUUUGAGGGGCUGUCCUCUAACAAUACCCUCUACGCCAGAACAAUAUAUGUGGAAAAACUUGUGUUCCUGGACCCUCCCUCUAACCUGACAGUGCAGCUUAUGGAGUCCUCUGGGCAGCUGAAUGUGAGCUGGCAAUCUCCCCCCAUUGCAUAUAUGGAAAGCAGUAUCCGCUAUGAAGUGUCCGUCUCCCCUGAGGGCUACAGACCCCAACGCGUGGAAAGUACCAGUGGGCAGACAUAUUACCUCCUGAAUCUCAAAGGGGGCACUGACUACACUCUGGCUGUUCGGGCCAAGCCGAAUGGAGUCAGCUAUGAUGGCUAUUGGAGUGAAUGGUCACAGGAAGUAUCAGUGGCAAUACCACACGAUCUGGACCCACUCAUUCUGAUUCUCUCUGCCAUUUUAAUUGUGAUUAUCUUGCUUUUGGCUUUCAUCACCCUGAUGUCGAACCGCAGAUUUUUGAAAAAGAAGAUCUGGCCUGUGAUACCCUCCCCGGAGCAUGAAUUCAAAGACCUUUUCACCAUCUACAAAGGCAACUUCCAGUUGUGGUUGGGCCAUCAGAACACUUACCCGUGGUGGAGCCAGAAUACCCACUAUCUGGAGGAGCAGCCAUUUUUGGUGGAACUAUUAUCCGAAUGUGAUGGCCACAAAGUGGACAGCCCUCCCUGUCCUCCUCCCCUUCCCCCCAAGAGCUGCUCUGUAGUGGAGCUGCCUUAUUCUCCAGAAUUGUCUCUGGAUGAUUACCUAGUACUGGAUAAAAAUGUGAUGCCAUGCUGCUUAGGAGGAAACGGCUCCCCGUUUUUGCUGGGUAGGCACAGCAGCAGCGAGGAUUCAGACCUGGUGCUGGCAGAAGAAGCAAGAAUUACGGAGCCCAGCCAAGCUUCUUCUAGCUUCGACUACACCGUGUUUGAUCCCAGCUCCGAAAGUCUCUCUCCAAAAGGUCACCAGGCAGAGCCUCGGUUCAAAAGCAGCUACCAGAUGGUCUCCGACUCGGGGAUCUCUGCCGACUUCAGCCUGGCAGAUUCUACUGCUGGCCCCAUCAGUCUCUACACCAACCUCUGUGAUAGGGCACCACCAACACCACCUUUUCUGCCUACCUACAUUGCAUGUUCAUAGCUCCAACAAGCAUGGAAAGCGUGGACAAACCAGAAGAACGGAAGCAGAAAAUGUACCAGCCCAGCUGCCCCCCUACCAUCUUUGCUCUGCCCAGGAGAAAAAGCUGUAGUAGUGGGGAAGCCAUAGAUCACCACAACAGCUCUGGCUGGCCAAGCUGCUUUGAUGGGAUGACAAGUGAUCUACAAAAGGGGAAAUCCGGAUGGAAGGCAGGCACCAAUAAUUGCCUUCAUGAUUAUGCACUAAAACUAUUGGCAUUACUUUUGACCACGAGCUUUGUUUGUGCUCAGACAAACCUAUGAAGUUGUUAAACUUGAAAGGGAUUUUUUUUUUUGGGGGGGGGGGCUGGGGGAGCAUAGGGUAGCAGCUUUCUAGCCAGCUGUAACUAUCAGCCCCAAUACUCCCUAUCGAGAUUGAAUGGCAAAUCUCUUUAUGUCAUCUCAAAGAGUAAGGAGAGAAACGAACAGUUUUCUUUAGUUCUGUCUUUGCCUAAGUUCUUGGGUGAGACUAAUUAUCUUUUUUUUUUAAAUGAAAAAUAUAUUUUCAUGAUCGUUUAUAAAAACAAAUGUUUUAAAUCAGUGUUU